AUGGCCCUGUGUAUUCCCAUUGACAGGCAUAGUUGUCAACAGCAAGGUAAAACUAAAACAGUUGUGCUCUUUCACUCAGAGAGAAACACCCGCCAUGGACCCGUCUUCAGUCAAGAACCAAGUGACAGCAUUUUCCCCUUGAGCUUUGAGGACAACAAGGUGUUCAUCAAUUGUAAAGCAAAGGGAAACCCAGUCCCAUAUUAUAAAUGGAAGGUUGAUGGGAGAGAGAUUGACAUGGAUUUGAACUAUAACCUGGUUGAAGGAAACCUGUUGAUCAAUAACCCUCAUGUAACACAUCAUGGGGGGGUUUACCAGUGUAUCGCUACCAAUACCUUUGGAACCAUCGUCAGCAGGGAGGCCAAGGUGCAGUUUGCAUAUCUACAGAAUUUCAGCAGAAAGCCCAGGAACACAGUGUCAGUGAGAGAAGGCCAGGCAGUGGUGCUACUGUGUGGGCCUCCACCCCAUCAUGGAGAGAUCAAAUACUCAUGGGUUUUCAACGGACGCCCAAGGUUCCUGCUGCAGGAUACCCGUCGCUUCGUCUCCCAGAGUACAGGCAACCUGUACAUUGCCAAAGUGGAGGCCUCCGAUGUGGGGAACUACACGUGUGUGGUGAGGAACAUGAUGACCAACGCCACCGUUUACAGCUCGCCCACCCCCGUGGAGCUGCGCAGGGAUGCUGUAAUGGCAGAGUAUGAGCCAAAGAUCGAAGUUCAGUUCCCAGAAAGUCUUCAUGUCACCAAAGGAUCAUCAGUGAAACUGGAAUGCUUCGCCUUAGGAAACCCAGUGCCUGCCAUCACAUGGAGGAGAACAGAUGGGAAUCCCCUCCCUGGCAAGAUGAAAAUCAACCAUUCCAACGGGGUCCUGGAAAUACCAUAUUUCAGACCGGAGGAUGCUGGUGCAUAUGAGUGUGUUGCAGAGAACUCCAGAGGAAAAAACAUUGCCAAAGGGCAACUCCUAUUCCAGAAUGUUGAACAUCUGCACUGGGUCCAGACGUUAAAAGAUGCUCAUAUGGCUAUCGAGGCUAAUCUUCAGUGGGAGUGUAGGGCGAGCGGUAAACCUAAACCCGUGUACAGAUGGCUGAAGAACGGGGAGCCCUUGGUGUUGGAGGACAGGAUACUUUUAGAAGGUGGACGAUUGGCCGUAUCCAGGAUCAACCUGUUGGACUCUGGGAUGUACCAGUGCCUGGCAGAGAACGAACAUGGAGCCAUCUAUGCCAGCGCUGAACUCAAGGUUGUAGCCUCUGCACCCGACUUCUCCAAGAGUCUUGUGAAGAAGUCCAUGCUGAUCCAGAGAGGGGGGGAGGUGAUAAUGGAGUGCCGUCCCCAUGCGUCCCCUAGGGCCUCCAUCUCCUGGCGGAGAGGGGGAGAGUUUCUGAAGGACAGCAAGAGACGGACUAUUAUGGAGGAUGGAACUCUCCGUAUCACCAACAUCAGCAAAUCAGACGGAGGGAGGUACACCUGUGUGGCCAGGAACCCCUUUGGGACAUCAAGCAGUACUGCUACUCUGGUGGUGAAAGAGCCAACCAAGAUAACGGUUCCACCACUGAGUGUGGAUGCCACUGUGGGACAGAGCAUCGUGUUGCCAUGUGAAGUGUCCCGAGACUCCUCCCUGGAUCCCACCUUUAAGUGGUUCUUCAACGGCAAACUCAUUGAUUUUAACAAACAGGACCACUUUGAGAUGAUAGGAGGACAGGAAUCAGCUGGUGAUCUGAUGGUCAGGAAUAUUCAGCUAAAGCAUUCUGGGAAGUAUGUGUGCAUGGUACACACUGUGGUGGACAGUGUCUCAGCAGCAGCCGACCUCAUUGUCAGAGGACCACCCGGUGCCCCAGAGGGUCUCAUGGUGGGGGAGAUCACUGACUCCAGUGCCCAGCUCUCCUGGGGGUCUGGGCCAGACAACCACAGCCCUGUCACCACAUACACCAUCCAAGCCAGGACCCCCUUCUCCAUCGGCUGGCAGGCUGUCAGGACAGUUCCUGAUUCUGUGCCUGGACAGAUGUUUCAUGCAACGGUGAUAGAUUUGAACCCCUGGGUGGAUUAUGAAUUCAGGGUGGUGGCUAUCAACAAUGUGGGUGUUGGAGAGCCCAGCAUGCAAUCCAAGCAGAUUCGAACGAAAGCAGCAGUUCCUGAAGUAGCACCGGGUAAUGUGAGUGGAGGAGGAGGUAGCCGAGGAGAACUGGUUAUCCAAUGGGAGCCGAUACCAGAGGAACUACAGAAUGGAGAGGAAUUUGGAUAUAUUCUGGCUUUUCGUUCUCUUGGUACAACCACGUGGAAACAGACUGUGCUGGCUUCACCUGAUGCAUCAAGAUACACCUUCAGGAACGACAGCAUCCCUCCCCUCUCCCAAUUUGAGGUGAAAGUUGGAGUCUACAACAACAAAGGAGAAGGCCCAUCUAGCCAUGUGGUUGUAGUGUAUUCUGCAGAGGAAGAGCCCUCUGUAGCUCCAUCCAGAGUGUUGGCCCGGACGCUAUCAGCCUCUGAAAUCGAGGUAUACUGGGAACCCAUCCCCCAGACAGCCAGCAGUGGGAAGAUCAUUGGAUAUGAGGUGCUUUGUUGGGAGGAGGGGUUGCAGGAGAGUGAUGCUGAGAUGGUGAAGGUCACGGACACUGUGGCCCUUCUCUCUGGACUCAUGGGAAGUACUGUGUAUCUGAUCUCAGUCAGGGCCCAGAACAGCGCUGGAGCAGGGCCUUCUAGCCUGGCAGUCAAUGUCACCACCAAGAAACCACCACCAAGUCGACCUCCAGGGAAUAUUGAGUGGAACUUGACCAACUCCAAGAUCUUUUUAAAGUGGGAGCAUGUCAAGGCAUUGGGAAAUGAGUCUGAGGUGACAGGAUACAAGGUGGUGUACCGUCAGAACUGGCUUGGAAAGAGCAGCGUGGUGGAGACCAACAGGACCAGCGUGGAGCUGCAUGUCCCCUCUGGCGAGGACUACCUCAUUGAGAUCAAAGUCUUGAGUGGUGGAGGUGAUGGCAGCAGCAGUGGCCCCAUCAGGAUACCAAAGAUGUCCAUGGUGCUCCAAAGCAACUUGGUGCUCCACAGCAACUUGGUGCUCCACAGCAACUUGGUGCUCCACAGCAACUUGGUGCUCCACAGCAACUUGGUGCUCCACAGCAACGUGGUGCUCCACAGCAACUUGGUGCGCCAAAGCAACGUGGUGCUCCACAGCAACGUCGGGCUCCACAGCAACGUCGGGCUCCACAGCAACUUGGUGCUCCAGAGCAACGUGGUGCUCCACAGCAACGUGGUGCUCCACAGCAACUUGGUGCUCCACAGCAACGUCCGGCUCCACAGCAACUUGGUGCUCCACAGCGACUUGGUGCUCCACAGCAACGUGGUGCUCCACAGCGACUUGGUGCUCCACAGCAACUUGGUGCUCCACAGCAACGUGGUGCUCCACAGCAACUUGGUGCGCCAAAGCAACGUGGUGCUCCACAGCAACGUGGUGCUCCACAGCAACGUGGUGCUCCACAGCAACUUGGUGCUCCACAGCAACGUGGUGCUCCACAGCAACUUGGUGCUCCACAGCAACGUGGUGCUCCACAGCAACGUGGUGCUCCACAGCAACUUGGUGCUCCACAGCAACUUGGUGCUCCACAGCAACGUGGUGCUCCACAGCAACUUGGUGCUCCACAGCAACGUGGUGCUCCACAGCAACGUGGUGCUCCACAGCAACUUGGUGCUCCACAGCAACGUGGUGCUCCACAGCAACUUGGUGCUCCACAGCAACGUGGUGCUCCACAGCAACUUGGUGCUCCACAGCAACGUGGUGCUCCACAGCAACUUGGUGCUCCACAGCAACGUGGUGCUCCACAGCAACGUGGUGCUCCACAGCAACUUGGUGCUCCACAGCAACUUGGUGCUCCACAGCAACGUGGUGCUCCACAGCAACGUGGUGCUCCACAGCAACUUGGUGCUCCACAGCAACGUGGUGCUCCACAGCAACGUGGUGCUCCACAGCAACGUGGUCCUCCACAGCAACUUGGUGCUCCACAGCAACGUGGUGCUCCACAGCAACGUCGGGCUCCACAGCAACGUCGGGCUCCACAGCAACGUCGGGCUCCACAGCAACGUCGGGCUCCACAGCAACUUGGUGCUCCACAGCAACUUGGUGCUCCACAGCAACUUGGUGCUCCACAGCAACGUGGUGCUCCACAGCAACGUCGGGCUCCACAGCAACGUGGUGCUCCACAGGAACUUGGUGCUCCACAGCAACGUGGUGCUCCACAGCAACUUGGUGCUCCACAGCAACUUGGUGCUCCACAGCAACUUGGUGCUCCACAGCAACGUGGUGCUCCACAGCAACUUGGUGCUCCACAGCAACUUGGUGCUCCACAGGAACUUGGUGCUCCACAGCAAUGUGGUGCUCCACAGCAACGUGGUGCUCCACAGCAACUUGGUGUUCCACAGCAACUUGGUGCUCCACAGCAACGUGGUGCUCCACAGCAACUUGAUGCUCCACAGCAACGUCGGGCUACACAGCAACGUGGUGCUCCACAGCAACGUCGGGCUACACAGCAACGUCGGGCUACACAGGAACUUGGUGCUCCACAGCAAAUUGGUGCUCCACAGCAAAUUGGUGCUCCACAGCAACGUGGUGCUCCACAGCAACGUGGUGCUCCACAGCAACGUGGUGCUCCACAGCAACUUGGUGCUCCACAGCAACGUGGUGCUCCACAAAGACGUGGUGCUCCACAGCAACUUGGUGCUCCACAGAAACGUGGUGCUCCACAGAAACGUGGUGCUCCACAGCAACAUGGUCCUCCACAGCAACUUGGUGCUCCACAGCAACGUGGUGCUCCACAGCAACGUGGUGCUCCACAGCAACGUCGGGCUCCACAGCAACUUGGUGCUCCACAGCAACUUGGUGCUCCACAGCAACGUGGUGCUCCACAGCAACUUGGUGCUCCACAGCAACUUGGUGCUCCACAGCAACGUGGUGCUCCACAGCAACUUGGUGCUCCACAGCAACGUGGUGCUACACAGCAACGUCGGGCUCCACAGCAACUUGGUGCUCCACAGCAACUUGGUGCUCCACAGCAACUUGGUGCUCCACAGCAACGUCGGACUCCACAGCAACGUCGGGCUACACAGCAACUUGGUGCUCCACAGCAAAUUGGUGCUCCACAGCAACUUGGUGCUCCACAGCACAUUGGUGCUCCACAGCAACGUGGUGCUCCACAGCAACUUGGUGCUCCACAGCAACGUGGUGCUCCACAGCAACGUGGUGCUCCACAGCACAUUGGUGCUCCACAGCAACGUGGUGCUCCACAGCAACUUGGUGCUCCACAGCAACUUGGUGCUCCACAGCAACGUGGUGCUCCACAGCAAGAUGGUGCUCCACAGCACAUUGGUGCUCCACAGCAACGUGGUGCUCCACAGCACAUUGGUGCUCCACAGCAACGUGGUGCUCCACAGCAACUUGGUGCUCCACAGCAACUUGGUGCUCCACAGCAACUUGGUGCUCCACAGCAACGUGGUGCUCCACAGCAACGUGGUGCUCCACAGCAACGUGGUGCUCCACAGCACAUUGGUGCUCCACAGCAACGUCGGGCUCCACAGCAACGUGGUGCUCCACAGCAACGUGGUGCUCCACAGCAACGUCGGGCUCCACAGCAACGUGGUGCUCCACAGCAACGUGGUGCUCCACAGCAACGUGGUGCUCCACAGCAACUUGGUGCUCCACAGCAACGUGGUGCUCCACAGCAACUUGGUGCUCCACAGCAACUUGGUGCUCCACAGAAAUUUUAAGUUGAGGAGGAGACUGUGCUAA